GUGUGGGACCACCGGCGGCCGGCGGACUGUCGCGAGGGCGAGCGAGCCGGCCAGCAGGCAGCUGCGCGGGCGGAGGACCCGCGGUCUGAGCCGCUGCCGCCGCCGCCCCCUGCCCCCGGCUGGCCCCGGGCUCCGCACCAGGAGGCGGCGGCCGGGCCGAGUCCCAACCGUGCGAGCCGGAGCGACUCCCCGACUGCCACCAGUCCCGGCGAGGGCCCUGAGGAGAAGGACGAGGAAGAGGGGCGGCCUCGCGGGGGGCCCGGCCAUGGCGCUCGACUUCCUGGCUGGAUGCGCUGGGGGUGUGGCAGGCGUGCUCGUGGGACACCCGUUUGACACGGUCAAGGUGCGGCUUCAGGUCCAGAGCAUAGAGAAGCCUCAGUACCGAGGGACCUUGCACUGCUUCCAGUCCAUCAUCAAGCAGGAGAGUGUGCUGGGCCUGUAUAAGGGCCUGGGCUCGCCCCUCAUGGGGCUCACGUUCAUCAACGCGCUGGUGUUCGGAGUGCAGGGCAACACCCUGCGGGCCCUGGGCCGCGACACGCCGCUGAACCAGUUCCUGGCGGGCGCGGCGGCCGGCGCCAUCCAGUGCGUCAUCUGCUGCCCCAUGGAGCUGGCCAAGACGCGGCUGCAGCUGCAGGACGCGGGCCCCGGCCGCACCUACCGCGGCUCGCUGCACUGCCUGGCGCAGAUCUACCGGCGCGAGGGCCUGCGCGGCGUCAACCGGGGCAUGGCGGCCACCCUGCUGCGCGAGACGCCCAGCUUCGGCGUCUACUUCCUCUCCUACGACGUGCUGACGCGCGCACUGGGCUGCGAGCCCGGCGACCGGCUGCUGGUGCCCAAGCUGCUGCUGGCCGGCGGCACGUCGGGCAUCCUUUCCUGGCUGUCCACCUACCCCGUGGACGUGGUCAAGUCGCGGCUGCAGGCCGACGGCGUGAGGGGCCCCCCGCGCUACGCCGGCUUCGCGGACUGCGUGCGCCUGAGCUACCGCGCCGAGGGCUGGCGCGUCUUCACGCGCGGGCUGACGUCCACGCUGCUGCGCGCUUUCCCCGUCAACGCCGCCACCUUCGCCACCGUCACCGUGGUGCUCUGGUACGCGCGCGGCCCCGAGGCGCGGCCCGAGGGCGAGGCUGUGCCCGCCGCCGCCUCCCCCACCCCGUCGGGGCCCGGACUGGCCCAGCCCUCCAGCCUGUGAGGCCGGCGCGGCUCCGGACUCCAUCGGGCCCGGGCUGGGUGCCACGCGCCGGCCGGGGGCCCUGGCCGCACGCUCCACGUCCGCGGUGUCCUCGGCCGCGGAAUAGGGAGCCUCGCACCCGCCUCGUACCGAGCCCGUUGCUGUUACUUGGGGUCUUCCGCAAACCCAGCUGACACUCCAGCCCUUUCCUGGGGUCCGGGCCAGCACCACCGUGGGGUCUUUGAUGACCGACCCGUGGUCCAUCCGGUGACCAAGUCCACCCGGCAGAGCCCCAGGGACCCGUCUUGGCCACCUGUCCGUUCUCUGUGUUAGGGACAGAGAGGCCGCUCCAGGUGCCUCCUGGUUUUCCAGAACAGAGUACUCUGUCGGUGCGCCCAGCGUCUCCGGUUGGCACAGCUGGGAAUGUCCCUGCUGCUGCCACGCCCACUGGAGCGGGACCUUGGGGGACCUGCUCAGAACCUUGGGACCGGCUGGCAGCUCCCUAUCAGCCUACAGGCUGGGCUGGGGGACCAGGCACUGGUCAGGGCCUGGGGGAGAUGGAGUUAAGUCCAGCCGAGGAAGGCAGAGGGCUUGCCGCCCUCUGGUCCUCAGGCGCCCAUCUAUAAAAUGGGGACAUGGGCCAGCUGCUGUGUGGGGCUCUGGCCCGCGGCCGCCGGCCAGUCCCUCAGGUGUGCCGCAGUCAUCAGAGGCACAGGUACAGGGGGACCCCCGCUUCCGAGCAAAUGAGGUCUCUUCCAGGAAGUCCUGCGCGGUGUUCCUGGGAGGCCCUCCUGGGACAGUGAGCUUGAGGCAGCCCAGCACACCUGGUACAGUGCGGCCGUGUUUGGGGACAGGGAGGUGGAUCGUUUUGCACAGGCUGGAGAGAACCGUGGCCUCCUUUGCCCGGAGUGGGGCUCAGCCUCUCGGGCGAUGCGGUACGGUCUCCCGAGAGGCAGACUGGGGUCGAGGAUGCCAAGACUCCCAUCCUGUUCUCGCGCUGUCGUUGCAUAGAAACCGCCGAAGGAAUAAAAUAUUCUUUGUUUUCUUAA